CAUCAUCUUCUUCAUCACUCACUCAAAACCCUUCAUUUCCCCUGUUCCAUAACCUCACAAUUCCUCUAACUACAAUGCUCCUCAGAGCCCCACCCACUCUCUCUUUCUUGACCCGACCCACCUCCAAUGAAACCCAGUACCGGUCUCUGCCGCCGUCCACCGUCGUCUGUGCGGCGACGAAGGGUGGGUCUUCAAACCAUGCCCCACUUGCUGGGGUUGUCUUUGAGCCGUUUGAGGAGGUGAAGAAAGAACUUAAUCUUGUACCUUCGGUUCCUCAACAGUCUAUUGCUCGCCAGAAAUAUGCUGAUGCGGCUGAAGCUUCUGUUAAUGAACAGAUCAAUGUUGAGUAUAAUGUUUCCUAUGUGUAUCACGCUAUGUAUGCAUACUUUGAUAGGGACAAUGUUGCUCUCAAAGGCUUAGCCAAGUUCUUUAAGGAGUCUAGCGAAGAAGAAAGGGAACACGCUGAGAAGUUAAUGGAGUACCAGAACAAACGAGGCGGGAAAGUAAAGCUGCAAUCGAUUAUAAUGCCAUUGUCUGAGUUUGAUCAUGAAGAGAAAGGAGACGCUUUGUAUGCAAUGGAGCUUGCAUUGUCAUUGGAGAAGUUGACAAAUGAUAAACUUCUAAACCUCCAUGAGGUAGCCAAUGAGAACAAUGAUGUGCAUUUAGCUGAUUUUGUGGAGAGUGAGUUUCUUGGUGAACAGGUUGAAGCAAUUAAGAAGAUAUCCGAGUAUGUUGCUCAACUAAGAAGAGUCGGCAAAGGGCAUGGUGUUUGGCAUUUUGAUCAGAUGCUCCUGAAUGAUGGUGCUGCUGCUUGAUGGAUUAAGUGCUGUUUUAGUUGUAGCUUUAGAGAUUGUGGGCGAUUUAAGUUGUCUAAGUCCUUUUGUGACUUGUUAUGCUAGUGACCGGUUAAAACUGGGUGUGAAUGGUAUGCGAAAUCUUGUGGCUUGAUUGUGUCUUUCUCUUUUGUGUUAUCGAGUUGGCUCGGUCUUUCUUGGUGAUUUUA